UCUGCUUAUAUAUACACACGCCUUCAAAGCUAAUCGAAAGUGACCCCUAAAAAGAAUAAAAUUUUCUUACGCAAAUUACAUAUAUAUCAAUGGCGGUCUUGUCUAAACCGAUCACGGAACCAAAAUCCGAGCUUUCGCUUAUCCCGGUUAUAGAUAUCUCUAACCCAGAGUCCAAAUAUGCCCUCGUCAAAGCCUGCGAAGACUUUGGCUUCUUCAAGGUGAUCAACCAUGGUGUUUCCACAGAGUUAGUCUCUGUUUUAGAACACGAGACGGUCGAGUUCUUCUCGUUGCCCAAGUCAGAGAAAACCCAAGUCGCAGGUUAUCCCUUUGGAUACGGGAGCCGUACGAUUGGUCGGAAUGGUGAUGUGGGUUGGGUUGAGUAUUUGCUCAUGAAUGCUAAUCUUGAUUCCGGUUCCGCUCCACUCUUUCCGGGUCUUUCGCAAAACCCGGCAACUUUUAGAAACGUACUGGAAGAGUACAUAACAUCAGUGAGAAAAAUGACAUGCCAUGUCUUGGAGAUGAUUACAGAUGGGUUAGGUAUUAAACAGACAAACACACUUAGCAAGCUCGUGUCUGACCAAAACACGGAUUCGAUACUGAGACUUAAUCACUAUCCACCAUGUCCUCUUAUCAAAAAGAAGACCAAUGGUGGUAAAAAUGUGAUCGGUUUUGGUGAACACACAGAUCCUCAAAUCAUCUCUGUCUUGAGAUCUAACAACACUUGUGGUCUCCAAAUCAAUCUAGCUGAUGGCUCUUGGAUCUCUGUCCCUCCCGAUCACUCUUCCUUCUUCUUCAACGUUGGUGACUCUCUCCAGGUAAUGACGAAUGGGAGGUUCAAGAGCGUGAGGCAUAGGGUUUUAGCCAACUGUAAAAAAUCUAGGGUUUCCAUGAUUUACUUCGCUGGACCUUCGUUGACUCAAAGAAUCGCUCCGCUGACUUGUCUUAUGGACAAAGAAGACGAGAUGUUGUACGAAGAGUUCACUUGGUCCGAGUACAGAUCCUCUGCCUACAACUCUAGAUUGUCUGAUAAUAGGCUUCAACAAUUCGAAAGGAAGACUAUCAACCAUAAUAAAUUACUGUUAAAAAUAUGAUUAAUGAUUUCUAUUUUUGUUCGUGAUUCAUAAAUCUUAUCUAAGUGUGUGUUAUUCCCUAUAUAAUUAUGUGUAUGAUUGAAGUUAAUGUUGAUCCAAUAAUUGUAAUAUAAUGCAAUAGCUAUGUUUUCUCUAGCAUCAGUAUCGCUUUGAAAACUUUGUAAUAUCAAGUUGUUUUAAACACUUUAAAUAAGCCGUUUUAAUUAA